AUGGCGACGCCCGCGACCGCGACGCGAGCGCGCGCGGACGUCGACGUCGAUGAUCACGACGCGCGGUACGAACCGGUGAACGACGCCCUGCUCGGCACCGGGUCGUACGGGUACACGAAACUCAUGCGCGAGAAAACCACGGGGCGAAUGUACGCGCUGAAGUACAUCGAACGCGGUGAAAAGAUCACCGAACACGUGCGACGAGAGAUCACGAAUCAUCGGAACCUGAGCCAUCCGAACAUCGUGAAGUUUAAGGAGGUGCUGGUGACGCCGACGCACCUGGCGGUGGCGAUGGAGGCGAUCGGGGGGGGCGAACUGUUUGGGUACGUGCAGCAGCAAGGGAAUUUUACGGAGUCGCAGGCGAGGUAUUUUUUUCAACACUUGAUCUCGGGGGUGGAGUAUUUGCAUAAUAUGAGAAUAUCGCACCGAGAUUUGAAACUUGAGAACACGCUGGUGGAUCUCACGACGACGCCGGUGCUGAAGAUUUGUGAUUUUGGGUUCUCCAAAGGGGGAUUCGACAGUCAGCCAAAGACGCAAAUCGGGACGCCGGCGUACAUUUCGCCGGAGGUGUAUAGCGGGGCGCAACCGUACGAUGGCGCGGCAUCGGACGUGUGGGCGUGUGGGGUUUUAUUGUACGUCAUGUUAGUGGGUAGAUAUCCGUUUUCGGAUCCUCAAGAUCCAAACAACUCGCACAAGAUGAUGCAGCGCGUGUUGUCGGCCAAAUUCGACCUUCCGCAGAAUAUGACAGACGAGUGCAAGGAUUUGCUCACGCAAAUUUUCAACGUCGAUCCGAAGAAUAGAAUAACUGUCUCAGGGAUAUACCAUCAUCCUUGGUUUUUGCAUGACUUGUCUCCGAGCGUACCGCUCGGGCCGACGCAGCCGGGACCGACGGCGGACGACGCCGAGGGGCUUCAGUGCCUCGACGCCAUCAACGCCAUCAUCGAUGUUGCCCGCGAGCCCCCGGUCAAGACAUCGAGUCCGUGGGGGUACGACGAAAUCGAUGGAGAUGGAAUCGACGACGGCAACUAUCUAGAUGACGAUUAUUAA